AUGCCUUUCCAGGGGAACAGCCGGGAGCCGCACGAGGAUCAGCAGGCCACCUCUCUCCACCGUGACGCGCAAACCACUCUACAACGCAAGCCUGCGUGUGAGGCGGGGGAGGGACAGCAUGGGGCUGCCGCGGAGGCCGCGCAGCAGGAGGCCUCGUCAACAGCCACAGCCGAAACAGCGCCUGCUUUGUUGGAAGCGGUGACGACGUGGAGCACUUCAGAAAUGCCGCAGCAGACAUGGGCAGCUCAGGCUCACGAGGGAACGGAGGGCGAGGUGCCAGCGGACAGCACUUCUGUCCCGGAGGCGCAGGAGCAACCGGCACUGGGGCACCAUAGAAUGCACCAGCAGUGGGCCGAAGGCGGAGAGGCUGGGGGCGAUGGUGCCACACAUAGUGCAGGUAACACUACGGCUGAUGAUGAGGUUCUCGGCGGCAUGGCGGGUGCCUCGGUGGAGGAGGUGCGGCCCACAGAAGCGCCACCGCCUGAAGCGGAGGAGUCGACUGCAGAGGAGCACGCAAGUGCGGCGGAGCCUGCCACGUACGCGGCGACUGCGGAGGUGUCCGAGACGGGAUGUGCUGCAGCGCCGCGCACCGAUGACUCUCCGUCUCACGUCGUGAAAGUGGCGGCCGUUGUCACCGAGCAGGCACUUGACGAGCGGCGCGCGAACGGCGAUGGCCAAGGCGGCAGUGAUGUGCCGAUGACCUCUGAAGAAAACGGUGAAGCUGCAGCCUAUGCGCAGCCGACAGACGGCCAGGCCGAACGCGGCGACGCCAAUCCUGAAGCAGAUGUCGACACCAUCAGUCAUGAGGAGCGGGCGAUGGAGUCGGAGGAGGCGGUCACCUCGUUUUGGGAGGGGCCAGAUGACAUUGCGGCUGCUACGGCUGAGAUUGCCUUCAAGGGGGAGGCAGACGGCGCUGUCAGGGGGGCUGCCGUUGAUCUGGACGAGGUCGAUGAUGAUGGGCUGGAAAAGGAUGGGGAGCAGCUUUCGUCCUCUUCAACAGCCUCUGCCACGAUCAGCGCGCCCAGUAGCAGCACCGCCACGCAGUAUCAUCGCUACGAACACGAUGUGCUGCACCCUCCAUCCCCACCCCCGUCGCGACUGGCGCUGUCCUACCUCUACUACCACGCGCUGGAGGCGCUCUACGUGGACGAGAACGUCACACUUUUCGUGCAGCGCGCCCGUGAUGUGGCGCCGUACGGACAUGCCCGGCUGAACUGGCUUCUCGGCGUGCUGCACGCCUACGGCAUCGGCGUCCCUCGCAGCGAGCGAGACGCGCUCAUGUACUACUCCUUUGCCGCCAUGGAGGCUGUCCCUGAGGCACACAUGGCGCUCGGGUACCGCUACAAGCUCGGCCUCGGUGUCGUGGCGAGCUGCGAGAGCGCGCUGGCACACUACCGCGAGGCGGCGGACGCGGUGGCGAUGACGUACGAUGGAACUGCCGCUGCCUCGGGCGGUGGUGCGGAACCGAUGACCGCUGGCGCGAAGACGGUUGGCAGCGGCAAGGGUGGCCGCAGCGGGUCGAUGUCCUUUUUCGCCUACCGCGACGACGCCGCCGUGUCUGACGUGCGCAAGCAGCGCCGGCUGGAUCUGAUCAGCCUCAAGUAUCAGGCUGACAUUGGCAACGUGGAUGCGCUGCUCACACUAGGGUACUUGCUCCUCAAGGGUGACUAUCAGGUGGUGCGCGAUGGCCGUCGCGCCGCCGCCUACUUUCAGACCGCCGCUGGAAAGGGUAGCGCACGAGCUCAUGGAGCGCUGGGCCAGCUGUACAUGGCCGGCGACCCGUCCAUCAGCCCACCGCUGCUGCCUGACCUUCGGCGGGCCCUCCACCACUUCCGCCUUGGCGCUCUGCAGAACGAUGCGCUGUCCCUGAAUGGGAUGGGCUUCCUCCACGCUGUAGGGUAUCUCUAUCAAGACAAGCAGUACAGCGCGACCGGCGCCGACAACAACGGCGAGGCUGCGGCGCCGCCGUCGAACGGGCCGCCGGACUUCUCGACGGCGGCGCAGUACUUCUAUCGCAGCCACUGCGCUGAAGGGCUGUACAACCUCGCGGUCCUUUUCCUGCACGGUCGUGGAGUGGCACUAGACAAGAAACAGGCGCGUCGUCUCUUCGAAAGGGCGGCGAAACAAGGUAGCGUGCUCGCGCAGUGGCAGCUAGCGAACAUGCUGAGCGAGGCCACCGAGGAUGGUGGCGCCUUGCCGGCGGCAGAGUGCGAGCGGGCACUGGCGCUGUACCAGCGCACCGCGUCCUUUGGCACUUGGCAGCACCGCGCGCCAGGCAACCGCCACUGGGGUGGUGGCGCCGGCGUCGGCGCUGACAAUGCAGAUCUGCAGCGACAACCGCAGCGUCAUGGCCAGGUGAAAGGGAAGAUGGGUGGCGACGGAGGCCGCGACGCACGGCUGUCGAAGGAGACGAGAUCCAGGCGCGUGCCAUCGCAUAAUGGCAGCGGGAGCGAGGACGAUGGCGACGGUGCCAACGAAGACGAUGCUGCGGACCGUCUUGACGGCUUUGUGCGGCCGCGAUCGGAGGCUGAGUAUCAAGUGUUGCUCUCCGGCCUUCUUGACCGCCUGCACGCUGUGGAGGAGUCGCUGGUGUCGUCCGACGAGGAUGAAGGCCCGACCACUACGUCAUUGGCUUCCUUCGUCGAGCUGCUCAGCCUGGCCGAGACCGGCGACGCGGCCGCUUCCUGGUCGGCCGUCCAGUACGUGGACGACUACCUUGAGGUGGCGGACACACCACUGCCAGAUGGUAGGCACGCCAGUAAGAGCGGUGCGGUUCCUCUUCUCUGGCCUUUGACCUCUGCUCCAGGAGGGACGUCGCAGUACCUCUCCGGCGAGGCGGCCGCCAGUGAGCUGCUCUACCAUCUGCUGCAGCGCACUGUGCUGCAUCACACACACACACAUACCACUCUCGGGGCUGCGUAUCUGCGCCUUGGCAACUUCUACUACUAUGGCGAGUCCCCACAGUACGGGGUGGACAUGGAGCGUGCACUGGCGUACUACCGCAUCGCUGGUGAUCACCAUCACAACGCGCAGGCACUCUUCAAUGUAGGCUUCAUGUAUCAACUGGGUCUGCACAAGGCCUCUCGCGCGACGCGGGUGGUGCAGGGCAUGUCUGCGCAGGAGGUGAUGGAGCGUCCUGAAGUGCUGCGGCACUACACCAGCGCUCCGGUAGGGGCCGAGUGGAAGGUCCAUUCGAACCCGCCCGAGUAUCUGCGGGCAUCGCCGGCCUUCCACCUUGCUCUCAAGGCCGCCGCAAACGCGUGGAACCGCGCCAGUGCGGACCCGAUGGCGCGCGGCGUCGACGUGUACCUCGCGUGGAAGUACUACACGGCUUCGCUUAGGCAAGAGGAGCGGGGCUCGAUGGCGGUGCACUUUGCCUUGGCGGUGCUCAACGUGCAGUGGUCUCUGCGACACUUCGGCAUUUUUCGGCUGCUGCCGCAGUUGGAGUCGUCCGCGUCGCCCGCGGUUUCACCCUCGGCCUCUGCCCACUCAGCAUCCUCCAUGGCGGAGGCAGGGGCUGAUGAGGUUGACGUCACACUAUGGACUGGUGCGGAGGGCACGCAUCAGGUGCAUCAGGACAAGCGCGACGUCCUUCACGGGCUACUGAGCACACUGACCACCACGCUUCAAGCGGUGUGGAACCACCUCAUGGAGAACGCCGUGGAUGCUUUGGGGACGGUGCUCGCAUGGUACAAGCCGUUGGAGGACGCGGUGCUGUACGGCGCCAUUUCCGUGGCUGUCGUCGGGCUUCUUGUUCGACAUCACGUGGCAUAG